AUGUUCGCUGAUGAUGUUAAACUUUGGAGCGUCAUCCGAACUGAAUUUGACGAAGAGCGCUUGCAGGCAGACCUGACCCGACUCGAGAAGUGGUCACAGGACUGGCUGUUGCCGUUUAAUGUGACUAAGUGUAAUGUCCUGCGAGUCGGCAGGACCCGAUCUCUGAACCGGAGGGUUAACCACCUAAACGGCGUACCAUUGCAGGAGGUAGACGCCCAGAAAGACUUGGGGGUGUGGGUAACGGCUUCUCUAAAACCGUCGCUUCACUGCUCCAAGGUAGCCAAGUCUGCGAUGUCAGUCCUUUAUCUUGUCAAGAGAGCUUUCUCUUCCUUCGAUGAGGACUGCUUCGUUAAAGUCUUUCGGACUUUCGUACGGCCACAGCUAGAGUUCGCCAUUCAGGCGUGGAAACCGUGGACCUCUAAAGAUCUCAGCAUCCUCGAGAAAGUUCAGAGGCGGGCAACCAAACUCGUAGGUGGACAGGGUUCACUACCCUAUGAAACCCGAUUGUCCAAUCUCGGCCUCUUUCCACUGAGUUACAGACAGCUAAGAGGCGACCUUAUACAAACAUUCCGUAUUCUGCGCGGCCAGGACUGCUGUCUCGUACCUGCUGAUUUCUUUGAGUUAGCGACCACAACGAACCUCCGAGGUCAUCCACUUAAACUACGCGUAACUGGCGCCAAGCUGGACACUCGGAAGUUCUCCUUUUCAAACAGAGUGAUCGAGGCCUGGAAUGCUCUGCCUGCAGGUGUCGUCAUGUCCACUUCCGUCGAGGCUUUUAAGCGCAACUUGGACCAGAUUGCCGCCAAUCGUCACAAUGCCACCUGUCAGAUUGUCUAGCAUUUAGUUCGAACAGUUUAUUAAUGUUGUUAUAUUACUUCCUGUAUUUCAGUAACGUUUGUUUUUUUUAAUAUUGUCCCAUGUCUGUUAAAUGUGUGUUGGCAUUCAAUUCGUCUCCCUCCGAAAGUGAGAUAGCACCAACUAUCCCUAGACAGACUACUGUACAGCACAUUUAGUAACGUUAAUGUUUUUAACUCUUGGAACAAUUCGUUUAUCUGUCUGGCUUGCAAAACGUUGCCAAUCUGAAGAAACACUGUAGCCGUUUGAUGUUUCAAUAUUCAAAUUUUUUUAUUGUUCGCCUCCUUGUAACAAAUAGGGAGUUCAAAGAUUUAACACCUAUAUUUCCCUCAAAUAAACUGAACUGAACUGAACUGAACGACGCCGCCACCGGAAAUCUGCUUGCUGAGAAGCACCGCCUACACAAAGCCUACGUAGAUCACCCCAAUGAGGACAACAAAGCUGCCUUCUACCGCAGCCGCGCCAUCUUCAGUAACGUCUGCGCGAGAUGCAGGACGCCUGGAAUGCUCGCAAAGCUGAGGAGAUCCAAGGCUACGCGGACCGCAACGAAUAGAAGAACUUCUUCUCUGCUAUAAAAGCUGUCUACCGUCCGCCGACGAAGGGGACUGCUCCUCUCCUCAGCGCCGACGGCAGCACUCUCCUGACUGAGAAGACGCAAAUCCUACAGCGAUGGGCCGAGCAUUUCGGAGGCGUCCUCAACCGCCCCUCCGUCAUCUCCGACGCCGCCAUCGAGCGUUUGCCGCAAGUGGCGACCAACGCGGACCUCGACCUCCCGCCAUCUCUCCAGGAAACGAUCAGGGCCGUGCGGCAGCUCUCCAGCGGGAAAGCACCCGGAUCGAACGCAAUCCCUGCUGAGGUCUACAAGCACGGUGGUCCCCGACCGAUGGAUCACCUGACUGCGCUCUUCCAGGAGAUGUGGCGUCAAGGUGAAGUCCCGCAAGAUUUCAUGGACGCAACAGUCGUGCAUCUAUACAAGCGAAAAUGGAAUCGCCAAGUCUGUGACAAUCACCGUGGCACCUCCUUGCUAAACAUCGUCGGGAAGAUCUUCGCUCGCAUCCUGCUCAACCGCCUCAAUAAUCAUCUGGAAAAGGACUUUCUGCCGGAAAGCCAAUGCGGCUUCCGUCGUCAUCGUGGGACCACGGAUAUGAUCUUCGCCGCCCGCCAACUUCAGGAGAAGUGCCAGGAGAUGCGGACCCACCUGUACUCUACCUUCGUGGACCUGACGAAAGCCUUCGACACGGUGAAUCGUGAAGGACUGUGGAAGAUCAUGCAGAAAUUCGACUGUCCGGAGCGAUUGACUCAGAUGGUGCGUCAGCUGCACGACGGUAUGAUGGCGCGAGUCACGGACAACGCAGCUGUCUCAGAGGCAUUCGCACUGACCAACGCAGUGAAGCAGGCAUGCGUACUGAUACCUACCCUCUUCAGUCUUAUGUUCUCUGCCAUGCUGAUGGACGACUGCCGCGACGAACGCCCCGGGAUCCGCGUCGCCUACAGGACGGACGGUCACCUGCUGAAUCAACGGCGGAUGCACUUCCAGUCGCGCGUAUCCACAACCACCGUGCACGAACUACUCUUCGCCGACGACGACUGCGCCCUGAACACCACCUCGGAAGAGGAGAUGCAACGGAGCAUGGACCUGUUCUCCGCCGCCUGCGAGAACUUUGGGCUGGUUAUCAACACGCAGAAGACGGUGGUGAUGCAGCAACCGCCACCCAACACAGCCACAGCCCCCAACGCGUCGCCGCAAAUCAGUGUGAACGGAACCCAACUGCAAAUGGUGGAGAGCUUCCCGUACCUAGGCAGUACUUUCUCCCGCAACACCAAGAUCGAUGACGAAGUAGCCAACAGGAUCCCGAAAGCCAGUCAAGCCUUCGGUCGUCUCCGAAGCACAGUUUGGAAUCGUCACGGACUUCAACUGAGCACGAAGCUAAUGAUGUACAAGGCCGUCAUCCUGCCGAUGCUACUGUAUGUAGCGGAGACUUGGACGGUGUACACAAAGCAGGCACGUCGACUGAACCACUUCCACCUCAGUUGUCUUCGUCGCAUCCUGAGGCUGAACUGGCAGGAUCGAAUCCCCGACACUGAAGUACUGGAACGAACGGGAAUCCUCAACAUCUACGCCAUACUGAGACAAAUGCAGUUGCGCUGGAGCGACUACCCGAACGACUCUACUACGGAGACGUUGCCACGGGUUCUCGCCGCCAAGGAGGCCAAAUUCGCCGUUACAAGGAUACUCUGAAGUCCUUCCUGAAGCGCCUGAAAAUCAAUACGGCCAACUAGGAAGAGCUCGCACUCGAGCGACCGACCUGGAGGAGGACAGUGAAGACAGGCGCUGCGAUCUACGAAGCCAAUCGCAUCGCUGCGGCCACGGCGAAACGCGAAGCCCGCAAAUCACAACUUCGCCCAGUCCGCAACGCCGCCGCACAACCUCCACCUACGUGUCCUCGAUGUCAACGGACAUUCCGGGCUCGAAUCGCACUUGUUGGACACCUUCGGAUCAACUGCGCCUCUCGAACUGCGCCAACCGUCGUCCCCCCGCCCGCCUCUUCCUCCCCUCCGUCGCCAACUAGCUCUGAAAAUUCUUCUGAACCACCACUCCCACGCUUUUUCUCCUCCUCCUCCUCCUCCUCCUCCUCCUCCUCCUCCUCUACGGCUGCAACGACGGCCGCUCAGGCGACUUUCACGCGCGCAAAAACCGACACCACCACCACCACCACCACCUCCCCCGACUACAGCGAUGAGGAUCAGGACUACACCUGCCCUCACUGCGACCGCAUCUUCACCUCACAUCGGCCUGGUCGGUCACUUGCGAAUCCAUCGCACAGAGACUGGCGCACCAGUGCCUGA